UGUUUUUAUUAGGAAAAUCCUUUUGCAGAUUCGAUAUGAUAAUUUCUUCAUAUACAUAUCUUAUAUCUUAUAGUUAGGAUGCAUUGCCACAGUACAUUAUAGUAGGAAGACUAUUGCUAGAAUAAAUAGCUAGAAUAAUUAUAAUAAUAACUAUAUUAAAAAUAAAAUAAUAAAAUGUCUAUACAUGAUCAUUAUGUUAAAAAAAGGUCCAAACAAAAAACAUGUUUACAAAAACAAUAAGAGUUUAAAAUUGUUACACUUUUCAAACCAAAGCCAUUAUUAAUGCAGAAGAAUUAUAAUAAUAAAAUAGAAAUAUGUUAAUUUCACAGUUUGCGUCCUUAUUGGUUCACAUGCUGGCUGGGAGGAACACUUAUUGGGGCCAUGCAGGGAGGGAAGGACAGAGAUGGAGGUUAGUAGAACUACACUACCCAGAAGUCAUUGCACCCCUCAGAGGCCCGGUCCAGAAACAACUUUGAGGCACUUCCACGUUUUGUGUUUGGCAGAGCAGACAAGUGUAAACAAUAUGGCGGAAGUUCCCCAAAGCCUAAUAGUUAUCCCUGUCCCCUAUCCAGUCCCUUCAGAUAUUUGAACUUCUAGGGGCAAGGAGUUGUUUCUGGGCUGAUAGUAUGAUCUGGGGUGAUGCAAAAAUUCCAAACUGUGUCCUUGGUAGGCUUGAGUUUAUAGAACAUGUUUCUGAUUAACUACACUCAAUGAACUACUCUUCCCAUAGUCCUUUGUGCCACUUCUCUUCUGCAACAUGACCAGUACCCAGUUUCCAGCAACAUGACUUUCUGAUAACACACAUCAGUGAAAGGCUGUAGGGGCUAUUUCAGGUAGAAACUACGUAGAACAGACACAACUAUCUGGCUUGUAUAAUCUAUUCUAGAAUCAUAUCAGCUCUGUUCUGUGUGUUUCGAUCUUGGUUUUUAUUCAGCCAUUCAGCAGCCUCUUUGUCCAUUCCUGAGUCAUUAUAGGAAUGCUCUCUGAACCCAUUCCUAAAAUCAGACUUUCACGUAAAUCAUGUUAUUGAUAUAUUUGUGAGGAAAGUCUAGUUUUGUGUGUGGAUCUCAAGACAGGAUCCAGCACACUAAACUACACGCGAAAAAAGAAACCCUCUCAUUGGUUCAUUUCUGGAGGACUCUGCCCAUUUGGGCUUUGGCCAAUCCCCCAGGUGUUCAACCAAUGAGGUGAGAGAUCUUCCUCAGGGCCCACCCCUUCUCUGAUUAUAAUAAUGUUCUGUGGAAUCACAGUUGGCAGCUUUAUCUUUUCACUCCUAAGAGAACCACACUACCCACAAUCGUAUGAAGAGGGCAAAGGGGGCCAUGAUGUCACCAUUCCCUAAAGUUCCUAAAUCCUCUAUAGACUCUAUAUCCACCUCCAGCUAUAUAACUCGAAUAGCUAUUUACAGCUAUAUACAGAUGUGGAGUGAAGGGGAGGGGUAAUAGGAAGAGUACAACAGACAGGUUACAGGGUGACACAGCAGUGCAGAAAAAGAGACAAAGUGCAAACCUCACGACACCCUACUCCCUAUGUAGUGCACUACUUUUGACCAGAAUCACAUCAGGGGAUAGGGUGCCGCAUGAGACACGCAGAUAAUGAGGUUUCUGUGGCACAGAGGACUGCUCUCUGUCUGCUUGGUAUUGCCUGUGUAUUUAUGUGUGUGUGUACUGUGUACAGUAUGUGUGUUUGUGUGUGCAUGAGCCUCAGCAGUCUGACUCAUGCAGAACGUGUGGGUCAUCUCCACAGGGAACCUCUGACAGACACUUCAUAAAACCGCAUUAACACACACACUGAAUAUUGUGGGAGGAUGGGGUAAAGGUGUCUGUGCUGAUUUAAACUAACACUGUUGAGUGCACUGUACACACACACACACACACACACACACACACACACACACACACACACACACACACACACACACACACACACACACACACACACACACACACACACACACACACACACACCAUACUAGUUUAAUACUAUUUGAUGUAGAACGUUCCACAUAAUUCACUAAAAUGUGGGUCAAUCUGAUCUGAAUAAUAGAUGACUGUAUACUUUAUUAUAGUUCUAGUGUAAUACUGCACUAUAACACAGUUUUCUAAUCAGAUCCAGGACCUUUUCCUGAGCAUGUGAUCUGAAAAGGAACAACCCUGAGCCUUAGCUAUAGCCUACAACUGGGGAUCAGCGGUUUCCUGGUCAGGGCAUGAGGUCAGGAAAAAAUUUGGGCCAUAAGUAUAACACAGCACAUAGCAACACAACGUACCUUCUCAAUACCCUAUACACAGUGGCCACCGGGGAUGGGGACCUUUCUCGUUCUAAUUCAGUCUAUUCAAUUUGCCCAUUGUUUUUCAAUGACAGAUUUUUCCUUUCAUGAACAGAAUUCCCAUGAAUAUUCUGAAUUGAAAAUGAACUCCAAUCCCUGGUUGAAACUCGAAUCAAUUCCGUGCUUCUUUAUUAGAGAGAGAUAUGAAGGGGUGUUUUCUACUUCUUUGGGUCCAACGGUGUUAUUCCAGAAAGACAGUCUAGAUCUGGGUUCCCUCACAUAGUGUGUUCUAAAUAGUACCCUAUAUAGUGAAUUACUAGUGAAGUACUUUAGAUCAGAGCAUAAAAAAAAGUAGUGCACUAUAUAGGGAACAGGGUGCCAUUUGAGAUGCAAACUUAACCUUUUUGUCUGUUUCGUUACAAUACCGUGCUAUAUAACCAAAUUCACAGCCUUAUGGUGACCUUCACACACGUUUAAAUACUGUACACAUUACAAGUCACCUGGAAUAAUAACUACAGGAGAGCUGCUCCCUCCUUCCUCCACCUCUGUCCAAAAUAUAUUGACAGUUAUUUAUUCUGCAAGAUAGAUAACGGAAACAUGGUAAAACAAAAACACAACGUCAAUCAAAUGAUUGUGCUUUUAGCUCUCCUGUAUAGUAAGAAGUAGGAUGACUUUGUCCAUAAAUGCUGAUCUAAGAUCAGUUUUGCAUUCCCCCCUAAUGGUUAAAGUUAUGAUUUGGGGAGUAAGCUGAUCCUAGAUCUGCGGGUUAGGGGCAACUUCCACCUGGAGGAUAUAUUCUGUACUUUGACAAACAACCUUAUUGCUUUACAUAAACCAAUAGAGGUGUUUGGGACAAUAAUAUAAUGACAUUUACAUAAUAAUAUCACUCCUUUUUCAUGUACAUACUAUGUAGGAAUACACAAGGUGAAUGACCACUGGUCUCCAAAAAACGUGUGCGUGUGCAUUUAUAUUUGUGUGUAUGUGUGACAUUAAGUGCAAUGUGAUGGUAUUUGCAUGGCAUAAAACUAAUUGAGUGUCUUCCCUCCGUCGAGUAGAGUCGUCACUCCAUCCUCUCUGUGCUCCUCUGUGUACGAAGAGGAUUCAGCUGCUUGGCAUGGGAAACACAAAGCCAACAGAAAGGCUCCUCACAUGAAACAACAAGGGCCAAAGCCAACCGACGCAAACAUUCCCAGCGACAUCAUCCGCAAUAUUCCCAGUCCAAAUCCCACAGUAUUCCCAGUCCAAAUCCCACAGUAUUCCCAGUCCAAAUCCCACAGUAUUCCCAGUCCAAAUCCCACAGUAUUCCCAGUCCAAAUCCCACAGUAUUCCCAGUCCAAAUCCCACAGUAUUCCCAGUCCAAAUCCCACAGUAUUCCCAGUCCAAAUCCCACAACCACCUUUUCUAAUACCUCUUCACAUGUUCCAAGUCCACUCCAUCGUCCAUCCAACCAAAGUCCAACUACCAAGUGUCCCAGGCAGACUUCUUAACAUUUCACUCCAACUACCAAGUGUCCCAGGCAGACUUCUUAACAUUUCAGUCCAACUACCAAGUGUCCCAGGCAGACUUCUUAACAUUUCACUCCAACUACCAAGUGUCCCAGGCAGACUUCUUAACAUUUCACUCCAACUACCAAGUGUCCCAGGCAGACUUCUUAACAUUUCACUCCAACUACCAAGUGUCCCAGGCAGACUUCUUAACAUUUCACUCCAACUACCAAGUGUCCCAGGUAGACUUCUUAACAUUUCACUCCAACUACCAAGUGUCCCAGGCAGACUUCUUAACAUUUCACUCCAACUACCAAGUGUCCCAGGCAGACUUCUUAACAUUUCACUCCAACUACCAAGUGUCCCAGGCAGACUUCUUAACAUUUCACUCCAACUACCAAGUGUCCCAGGCAGACUUCUUAACAUUUCACUCCAACUACCAAGUGUCCCAGGUAGACUUCUUAACAUUUCACUCCAACUACCAAGUGUCCCAGGCAGACUUCUUAACAUUUCACUCCAACUACCAAGUGUCCCAGGUAGACUUCUUAACAUUUCACUCCAACUAUCAAGUGUCCCAGGCAGACUUCUUAACAUUUCACUCCAACUACCAAGUGUCCCAGGUAGACUUCUUAACAUUUCACUCCAACUACCACAUCUUUCUUUCCCAGGUUCCCUUUCCUCGGAUUCCAAGUCAGACGUGAACCACUGCCCUUCCCUUGUUUUAACACUGAGCUAAAGUCUUAGAGGGAUUGUUGAUGGCACAAGUUCAACGUUUCUCCAGUUCAAGUAAUGAUUUAGAAGCCAUUUUGAAUGAGGAGUUAAGAGGAUUCUCCAUUUUGCAUGAUGACAGAGACGGUUAGGGGGUAUACUGUCUGUAUCUUUCAGAUGUGCUAGGGAGGGAGGCCAUGUAUACAUAGGAUAUGUACAUUAUGUUGGAGUGUCCCUAGUGUAACAUCUAGUGACCUCGCCAAGAGGUUGGGACCUCACGGCGUAAUGGCUGAGGUGUUGGACUGAUGCUGACAGAUGCAGGGUUGCG